AUGAAGAACAAGCACGCCGGCGGCAAGGGCGGUCAGAACAAGCACCAGGACCAGAAGCCCGGCCCGCCCGACGGCAUCGUGCGCGCGAAGAAGACGGCCGGCACCCCGCCCUCGACCAAGACGAUCGUGCAGAACAAGGUCGCCCGCCUGCUCGAGAAGCGCAAGAGGGACAAGAACAAGAAGUACACCGACGAGGAGCUCGGCCUGCCCAAGCUCAACAUGAUCACGCCCGUGGGCGUGGAGAAGCCCAAGGGCAAGAAGAAGGGCAAGAUCUUUGUGGACGACCGGGAGAGCAUGAGCACGAUUCUUUCCAUCGUCCAGGCUGAGAAGGAGGGCCAGAUCGAGUCCAAGAUGAUCAAGGCGCGCCAGAUGGAGGAGAUCCGCGAGGCGAGGAGGCUAGAGGAGGAGAAGAAGGUCGAGGAGCGCAGGGCGAAACUCGAGGACGUCAAGGACGGCCUGCGCAAGAAGAGGAAGCGCAGCAACAAGAACACGGGUGCCGACGAGGACAAAGUCAGCGAGUUGGCAGCGGCGGGCACCCGCGCCACCAAGCCCAAGUCGAAGAAGCGCGUCUCCUUCGCCGGCUGAAUGGCGCCUGUCAGCAGAGGGAUGGGUUUCGCAAACUGUAGUAUGCAUCAUGUUCGGCGUUCAGGCGGGGUCGGAAAACAAUUAUCUUCUUGUGGCUUUUAAGACUCGGGCAUGGCGUUGUCGCAGAUGCCAUGACGAGUGGCGGGUUGGUGGCGCGAGGUCCUGCAGGGGACCCCAAGACGCGAGCAAUGGAGACGAAAUACCCAAAGCCCAACAAUGGUCUUGUUUUGUUCGUGAUUCUUGCACCUUCAUCUCGGCUUUUACGGUCCUAAAGAAAUUGAAAUCUAAC